ACCUCCCCCCCCCCCCCCUCCAAUAUUCUCCAAAUCACAUUGACAAACGUGAAGAAAUAGUCAACAUUUUAAUGAACUUUAAAUUACAGUGGAAUGGGGGACAUUGUAUUUUAAAGAACUGCAAAGAAAGAAAAAAAAAAACAGAUAUUUUUGUGUGAAAUAUUAACGUUUGAAACUUGUUAUUAUUCUUAAAAUCCCUUUUUUCAUUCAAAUAAAUAUCUGUGGCUUUUGUAGAAAGUUUGUAUGUUAAUUGUUGAUAUUUGUGUUGUAUCUCUCAAUUUUCUUUCGGAAACCCUAGACUUUAGACUUUAUAAAAAAUGGCAACAAAACUGAUGGCAAAAGAUGUCGGGAAAAAUGUGAUUCGUGGUUUGAAGAAAUUUGAGGAUAUCCCCGGUCCCCCCUGCUGGCCACUGGUCGGGUCUGCUCUCAUGUACAGGUUCGGAGACUUCAAGAAGACCCAGUACCACGAGGCACUUAAAGAUAUGUACUGUAAGUACGGUCCCCUGGUGAAGGAAAAUAUUGGCGGGAAAAUAAUUGUCCACGUGUUUGAUCCAGAGGAUAUUAAGACUGUGUAUAGUUAUGAAGGAAAGUACCCAGUGGUUCCACCUCUACAAGAAACUACGCAGAUGUACCGAGCCCAGAAGCAGAUGUCCCUGGGCCUUGGGAACACUAAUGGAGAAGAAUGGUAUAAACUCAGAUCAAAUUGUAUACAGAAGAUGUUACGACCAAAGGAGGUUGCCUUCCAUUUACCUUCUGUGGACAAAACAGCUAAGAUGCUUAUUGACAAAAUACAACAGGGAAAAAACGCAAAUGAUGAGAUAGAGGAAUUAAGAAUAGAAAUUGGAAAAUGGUCUAUUGAAAAUGCUGCAAACUUAGUAUUUGACCGUCAGCUGGAUUGUCUAACGACUGCUUCUGAGAGAGAAUCAUGGGCCAGGGAUAUGGUGGAGGCCAAUGCUGAAAUUUUUAAACUAUCCGGUGAUCUUAAACUUUCUCUUCCCCUGUACAAGUACCUAUCUACUCCAAAAUGGCGUAAGCUUGUUGCCGCGGAGGAUUCAUUCUACUCAGAAGCAAUAUCUCUCGUCGAUGAAGCAUUGCUGAGAUUAACUGCUGGAGUAGAGAAGGGAACUCUGUCUCCUUCUCAGUUAUAUUUUCUAUCCUACCUAAUAUCAAGGGAUUCACUGGAUUUAAAGGAUGUAACAGUUAUUUGUUUAUCAUUGUUUACUGAUGGAUUAUCUACCACCACACCAACCCUUCUAUUUAAUCUUUAUGCUUUAGCCAGAAACCCUGAAGUACAAGAGAAGGUAUUUCAAGAAGUUGAGAAGAAUCUUCCUUUAUCCUCUCCAGCCACAGUUCAAGCACUUGCUAACCUACCGUAUCUAAAGGCAUUUGUGAAGGAGACGUUUAGAAUGUAUCCAAACGGAACAGAGGUGUCAAGAUAUCUGGAGGAGGAUAUAAGUUUGUCUGGAUUUCAGAUUCCUGCAGGAACCCAUGUUGAUUUGAAUCCGUCCGUUCAUUUCAUGGAUCCUCACCUUUUCCCGAACCCAAGCAAACACUUGCCUGAAAGAUGGUUAAGAGAAGAUGCUGAACAGAAUAUACAUCCGUAUUUGCUCACUCCGUUCGGGCAUGGCACUAGAAUGUGUGCAGGUCGCAGGUUUGCUGAACAGGAUCUUUAUGUUGUUAUUGCCAGGAUUAUUGCCAGGUUUAAGUUGAGUGUUCCUGACGAACCAGCUGUGAACCAGAUCUACCACACCCUUUUAUUCCCAGACACGCCUCUUCAUAUUCAGUUUAGAAACAGGGAGGAGGCUUAGAAGCCACUUGACAGUCAGCUUACAGAGGCUUAGAAGCCACUUGACAGCCAGCUUACAGACGCAAACUUCAAACUUCUAUUAUUAUAUGAAAAGGAUAUCAAAAAUUCGUCCUUGCGUAAAACUGUCAAUUCUAAAUGUUGAUUGACAUUUGAUUUAACAAAUUUUUGCAAAAUUUAUUUUAAAUAUUGUGAUUUUUAAACAUAUAGCAUUUGUAAUGAAUAGAGAAAUUGAUUUUAUUA